AAAGUGAAAGGAGAGAGCCAAGCUGAUGCAUUCUUAAGGGCAGAAGACAUCCGUAGCCACCCUACACUGACUUAUUGGACCUAUUCAACUUUAAUUCUCAUCAGUUUGCACAAUUGAUUCCAACAGCAGAGACACAAACAACACAAAAUAAUUCAUCUUAAUUUCUUACCCUGUAACAUUGGCUCCUUUUAGCAGCAAUCUAAGGCACGAGUUACAUUGCUGCCUUUUCUUCCCUCUUGUGGCUACUCCCUUAACAAUCCUGGUAGCAUGAACUGAGAGCACCUGCUAGGCAGGCAAGCCUCUGCUGCCUUCCUUCAAACGUAUCAGGGGGAGAUUUGGAAAGCAGAGCUACAUCACAUCAUACCAGCUGGAAAUGCAGCCUCGCAGUUCCUUCAGAUCAUAAAGGGACCGUCUCUGCUGGCCUACACGAUCUGCUUCCUUUAGCAUCCACAGGGUGGACCCCCUGCCUGGUCAACGUGAGCAGUUCAUCCCAUCAAUUGCAGUAAUAAUUUCAAUUAUUACUUAAUUAUCAACAAAUUCUCCCAGCACCAGCAGUCUACAACAUCAGCUGCUGUGGUACUUAAGCAUCUAUGUAACAACACUUAAGAUACCAGAACUACAGCCUGCGGAGUUCACAGAAAUCUGGGGCUUUUGCUAAAAUACGGAAAAUAAAUUGUCCUCCACACACCCGUUUAUUUAUUUAUUUUUUUUUUGCAUAACAAGUGGCAAACUGUUUUCUUGGUUUUCAUAGAAUCAUAGAACAUUUUUUUCUUUUACAACAUAGAUCAGCCCCCAGAAAGCUGCUAUGAAACAGCAGCAGCCCCAUGUCCACGCGUGGGGCUGAAUUCCACUGCAACCCCACCACUUGCAGCUAGGUCACAGAAAAGCAGCGAGGAGCAUUGUAUCUAACCAGAAUGGCAGGGGAAUUUUAUGCAGACGGAAUUCUUUGACUGGAGCUGGACGUCAGCCACAGUAGUGAGAUUUAUCUCGUAAAAUAUCUCUCGGCUCCUUCCAUAAAUCACAAGUGGCCAGAAAUACGGCUGUGUGAAUAACUGCUUUUGCAAUUUGGCUGCCAAAGCAGAAAUACAAAGCAAACCAUGGAUCAAGCCUAAUCUACCUAUUUCUGUUCUUACCAAAACUACAAGUGGAGAAAACACUAUUUCUGUCCCAAAUGAAACACUUCGGGUUCUUUCGCUGUAACGGUGAAACUUGUUGCUGAAGUGUUACUUGUCACUGAAUUCCCCAAACUGGAGGUAACAGACGCGUGUGGGAUACGCACCAAAAAGAAAAAUGACGUGAUCAGAUCCAUCCUGUGUGCGAGCCAGGAAACGGGGCUGAGAUAAGGUCCUGCCUCUCCUGAGGAAGUACGUUUACUGCUUGGAACUGGGAAGAGCUCUAAGUCCUUCCCUCAAGCUGCUUCUGCAAGCAUAUAUAUAAAUACAUAAAAGAAAGUGCUACAUGGAAUGAAUCCUUCCAAGCAACAGGGCCAGCAGCCUUGCUUUCACAGUGUCACAGUAUAACUGAGAAUGGAAGAGCUCUGAGGUCCUCCUGGUCCACUUCCCUGACCUAGAGCAGAGCCAGCUCCGAUGCCCAGCCGACAGAAAGGAGUACAGGUUGCCAUCUCCACUCCAAAAAAAACUUUAAAUCUCCGUGCUGCUUUAAAAAAGGAGAGAUUUUGCUCCUUCAGCAUACCCCGCAAUAUUUGCAGUGGCAGGUUCAGCUGUCCCAAGCAACAUCCUCACCCACACCACCUUAUUUUGCGAAAUCUGUUGAGUGCAGAAGAUAAGCGGGGUUACGUGCUGUGCAUGUAACUUCCUCCGAGACACCUACACAGCAAGGGGGGGCUGCCACAACAGGGUGCAGGAAGGGACACUGCCCCUUCCACCUCUCCAAGAGGCACUCCAUUCAUUUCUAAGUUAACGUUGUGCCAAAAACGGCCCAGGUUUGCCAUGAAAAACAGUUUCUUUUUAGUUGCAAACCAGAUUUCAUAGGCUUCGCAUUCCUUAGAGCAGACUUCGCAUUGAAAAUACAGAAAAAGACACAAUUGUUCAGAACAGAAAAGGAACCAGGUAACGUGCUUUUCCAGCAGAGCCCACAGAGCUUGCUGGGAAGAGUUACUGGAAUCCGAAACAUGGCCAAAGCUGGUCACUGUUUUUGCAAGGCAAAAUGAUGGCAAGAUGUCCAGUUAUCACUGCUCCAGUCCUGCCAGCUGCUCAGAGCCGCAGCACCUUCCAUGCCAGCCUGCACUUUGGACCAUGAACCAAGACACAAAAACUCCGUGUGAAGCCCUUUAUCUGUUACACAGAGCUAAAGAGCAGGUACGAGCCCAUCGAAGAUGCAUUUUAAAGGCACAUUUUGUCAGACACUGGUCAACCUCACUUUGGGACAGCCUGGGAUUUAUGCCACCAGAUUAUAAUUUGGAAAGUCUGACUUCGCGCCCUGGCUAUGCCCAAGAUUUUCUGAGCAACUUCAGGCAAGUUCCUGAAUAUUCCCCAGCUUCUUCCCAUUUAAAGCUCUGCACUUGUGUUCCUUGUCUCUUCAGGAUGUUAAAAAAUAAGGCUGCAAAACAGAAAUGUGUCUUGCGUCAAACCUUCAACCACAGCAGAUUUAGGCUUGCUGGGACAAUAGUUCCCCCUCCUUUGUCUGAAGUAGGAUCUGAGGUGCCCAGCUCAGCUGGGAACAAGUGCUGUGCAGACACAGCUACAACGACAGCAGAGGACCUCAAGUUCCAUGAACCUCCUCAGUACUUAACCCCAUUACUUUACCAGCUCACCAGAUCACCUGAAGACCUAGACCCAAAGCAUCAGGCACAGACUGACAAUAAGAUUGUACCCCAGGGGCCUUACAAUGCAGACCUGACCUUGGUUUGGGUCCUGAGAUGUCAUCAUAAUAAUGUAAUUUUUAAUCUAAAGCUUGUGAAAUAUGAUCUAGCACCUCCACAUAUUGAGUAUCCAGUGGUAAAAAUAAAAUAUGGAAAGUGUCAGAGUGCAGAAAAUACUGCCAGUUGUACUUUGAACUCCCUGAAAUCCUCAAUUAAUUUGUUUCACUUUGCCUGUGCAACAGAGAUGAGGUCUGAACGCUAUAGCAGAGCACAUGUAACCAGAAAGGGCUCAUGGAUGCAGCCUCCCAGGCCAAAUUCACCUGUAAUUAGGAAACAACGAACUGUCUUUUGCAGUAUUCUGAACUGUGGUGCAAACAGGCUCUGAUUGUGACAAUUUAAUGCCACGCUCCACCCGGGUGCUGAACAUAUUUCAGGAGAGCAAGAAGAGGUACAGAACCUAGGAAAUCCCAACUCACAGUCCCAGGAUAAACUCAAACCCACAUUAGGGAAUGAGUGAUCAGCACCGAAACAACAAAAGGGGCUGUCCACAUCUUCUGCCGCUGCGUCUGUAGACAGGCUGUGGGCCAGCAGGGAGCAGCACCACCUUACACCACCACAGCAUAAGCCUCUAGAGGAGAUUUGGCAAAGUUAAUGUCACAAGCGUAACUUACCCUAACAAACAUGUAAGGAUUUACACUGCUUUAACACUCCUGUUUGGGUAGCUUCCGACUGCUGCCAGCGGUGCUUGCCUGUAGCUCUGCAAAGCUUACACAUUUUUUCCUGCCUGGUCAAGGGCUGCAUUUGGUGCGUGAAUAACCAAGCUCUGCACCUGCCACAGCACAAGUGCUUCUGACUGCUCUAGGAAAGGGGGCUCUCUUGUAGCACAAAACUGAGAGCAGCAAAUGCUGGAAUGGGCAAGCCUGCCAGGAUAAGGGGUCUCUUCUCUCUGAAGGGCACAACGGUAGACAUUUUACAGUACUAGCUCUUAGAGAAGCAUGAAAGGGUCACUACUUCCUCAUUUAUGCUUCCUCACCUGCUUUUCCCAUUAUUUCUUCUUGA